AUGCCGAGAAACGUCCGGAGCACGUUCGUUUCGCGUUACGAAUGUCCGAGAGAUAUCUCAGACCUUGGUAACGCGAACGGGACGCGAAUCGGACGUUUCGGGGCAUUUCUAGUGACCACUUUAGUAGCCUCAGAACUCUUAAGUGAGCUCUAGAAUCGCCCAGAAACGUCCGGAGCACGUCCGUUUCGCGUAACCAAUGUCCGAGAUCGUUCAAAAAUUUCGAAGCUAUAGCUUUAGAGCGCGAUUGCUGUAUUUUUUACUGAAAGUCAAAUUUCCUGAACAGUUCUUGGUUUUUUUUCCCAAUGUCCUUUUCGUUUUUGAUGCCGUGUUCAAAGUUAUUUCGCGAAAUUCAAAAUUGCGGUCCGAGAGUUAAAAGAUAACUCAAUUUUUGAGAUUCACAGAUGAAUUUGAGUCUCGCGUAUUACGUUAAACUUAAGUUAAUGUUGAAUGUUGUUUCAACGCAGUAACUGAGACCGUAUGUAAUAAAGUGGAAAUCAAUGAUAUUCUAUAUCUAGCGAGUUUCAGACUUUUUUUAUUUUCAGGAAAAUGCCGAAAAAUAAUUUUCCACUUUAUUGUAUACGGCCUCUGCAUUGAUGCAUGUGCGUAAAACAAACUUGAAAUGACCAUAUUUAUAAUUCGUAGGUCGUGCAGAAAGUCUGGAAAAAAACUUAUCUUGUCGAUUUUUCAGGGUUCAUUGCAAAGAAACAAAAAACAAAAGGCAGCAUAAUCGACGAGUCGCUGAGUCGCCGCCGCGAACUCGACGAUGACACUGGCGGACAGGUAGUCGCCGAUCCUGACGUCGUCGGCGACCCUCAUGGCAGGUAUCCAUCCUCUGGUUUUCUUUUGAAACAAUUUUUUUCAUUUUCUUUCGUUUUCACUCUUUUUUUUAAAUUUCUGAUAGCACUUUCUUCUAUAUUGCCUUUCUUCCAUAUACGUUUGCUUCUCCUUUGUGGAAUAUUCAUUUUCUAUGUUUCUACAGGCGAAUCGGGAAAGUACCAUAAUGUGUCCACAAAUAUACUUCUCAAAAUAGAUCGUGAAUAUCCCAUAAUAUGUCCAUCGUGAGACCUCCAGCAUACUUUUCGCUUUUUUCUGAGCCAUAUCGGAGGUCUUGAGAGUCUACCUCAAAUUUAUCUCAUUUUUUCUGAAUGUCCACGAAGAUAUAUUCGAAGUACCAUCGUUAGACUUCAGACCUUCCGAUAUACCUCAGUGAGUAUCGCGUUACCCUUUCUCGAUUCGCCUAUGUCAGUAAAUAUUGAUCAGAUUUUUAAUGAUUCAGAAAGUUUUCAAAAAUAAGAGUCAGCUUAACCUCUUUUUAAGGUUUUUUUUUCUACUAGCACACAAUCUGUCGUUGAACCUAUUAUACUUGUUUCUUUUCUAGGAUAUACGAUUCGCCUGUUUCACUUAUAUGCUUUUUGAUACUGGAAAAUUAUUUUUCUGUCAACCCAAUGUUUUUCGACGAUGAAAAUGCGCGUCUUGAGGUUGGCUGCCUGGAUCCGGUCGCACGCUCGACACCACAUUCCUCUGAAGCAUCCGAGGACGCACCUCGACGUUUAUGUCUCUGCGGGUCUCUACCAGAUCGUCGACCUCGUCCGUUCUUUUUCAACUCUAUCCAAAAAAAAAAAUGGGAUUUAUCCGAACCUAUUUUGGGAGAGCUGGGAAUGUUUUUUAAGAGACUAAUAAUAGGAAUCGGCGAAAGGUUACGUCACGUCUCCCCAGAGACUAUUGGGCGACGCCGCGGAAGAUGGCGCCCUUCACGCUAUUCGAUAGCCGAACGAGGGCCAAAUACGGCUCUGUUUUAAACGUCUGAACGAGAUUUUCAACAGACUCAAGUCUCUCCAAAAAUAUUCUGUCUAGGAAAUACUUAAGUGUUGAGCUAAACUACAAAUAAUAACAAGCAGUGGUUCAGUUUUUUUUAAAAAAUGAAGUAGUAAGUAUAGUUUUGUGCGAGCUCAGCAUGUAGAACUUUUUGAAUUUUUUUUCCUUUUUUCAUACAUUUUCUCAAAAUUUCGGAACACGAAAUUCGCUCACCUUGUGUAUGAUGUGUCACGUUAUUUAAAAAAAACGAGGAAGGUAAAAAAAAAAAGCAAAACGGCUCGAAUACGUUUCAAAAUUUUCAUAUAUUUUGCUUCUCGAAGAAGUUUUUUCUAUUUCUUUCAUACAGCGAACUUUUUUUUUGAAUUCACAGGAGAAAAAUUUCCAGCACUGAGGGUUUGUCAGUUUUCUAAAAAUCCUUUUUCUUCAACUUUUAAAUAACUUUUUUUUGCUUUUUAUUCUGGUGUUAAGUUCAAAGUUGAGUACCCGAAUAACUGUAUUUUGCUGAAGAAAAAAAAAAGUGGUUUUCUACAUUUAUGUUAUGUAUAGUCCGUUUUUGGCGACUUGAAAAGGUGGGAUUUCUCUGCGCCCUCCUCGUCUCUCGACGACCAUCUCUUGUUGACGCGCUGUUUUCACGUUUCUCUGACCUCGCCGGUGAGGGAACAGAGAGACGACACUAGAAAACUGUCAAGUCGCGGCGGACGGACUAUAUGUGAAAAAGCUUCUAUUUCUCGAAUAAGCUCCUAAUUUUUUUCCCGGUUCAUCUGAAACAAGUAAAAACUUAAUGGUACAAAUCAGUUGGAUCCGAAACAUAAAUAGGCAGACCACUUUUAAAGGCCGCCAACCAUGGUUUUAAGUGUUUUCUUAAUUUGAGUCUGUUCUACCUCCUGAGAAAAUAAAUUAUAUCUUGUUAAGAGUAACAGGUUAAUAAUUAUCAGAUUUCAUGAUUUCUCGAAACUCUAACCCUAGAUCGAGUUGUUUACUUGUCUCAUUCUAGGACGAAGUCUGAUUUAGGACCAAAAGAACAAUUUGGCGACAGUUUCUGCAUAUUUCGACGUGUACUGGUUGGAUGAGUUCCUGCAGUGGAGCCCUGAAGACUUCGGCGGCAUCGAGCGGAUAUUCGUGCCCAUCAAAUGGAUUUGGAAGCCAGAGUUUUACAUGUAUCACAGGUUAAUGCACUGGGUUUUCAAGAAAAAAAAAGAUUUUUGCAGCGUCUAUGGACGCGUGCCGGAUUAUGCGCCCGACGCUUCGGCGGAGCUCUCUGCGUCAGGCCGCGUCCGCAUGUUCGUCGCCAUUUCUUCCAAAAGCUUCUGUCCCAUCAACUUCAAGCGGUUCCCCUUCGACUCUCAAACCUGUUCUUUUUCGGUAAGUCCAAUUUUCAGUUUUCAUUUAUUACUUAUUUUCUUUUUAUGAGUGGACAAACGUUUUUACAAAUACUGCGAAUCAUAG